CCAGGAUAACGAUAACAACACACUCUCUCUCUCUCUCUCUCACUGCAAGAGCGCGAAACAGAGUAAGGCACACUUUGUUUUGCUUUCUCCUCUACUUCGAUAAUGCCGUUUGCUCCUUCCUUGUUGUCAUCGUCUUCCUCAGUCUCUCAAUUUCUUCCCAGAUUCCCCAACGCCACUAGGUUCAAUGUAACUCCCCGGAGCAGAGUCGCCACCGUCGUCUCGGCAUCCGUCACCGACUUAGCCGGCGUAGACAGUACAACAAUCGCCGUACUCGGUGGCGGAUCCGUUGCAGCACUCGCGGCGAUGGUUUCCUUGACGGAUCCGGAGAGGAGGCGGAAAUUGCAGGCGGAGGAAGUUGGAGGAGGCGACAAGGAGGUGGUGAGGGAGUAUUUCAACAGUACCGGUUUCGAGAGGUGGAGGAAGAUCUACGGUGAUACUGAUGAAGUGAAUCGUGUACAGAAAGAUAUUCGUCUUGGUCAUGCUAAGACGGUGGAGAACACGAUGCUUAUGCUCACGGAAGAUAGAUCUUUGGCCGGCGUCACAGUCUGCGACGCCGGUUGCGGAACCGGUUUGCUCUCGAUUCCACUUGCUAAGGAAGGAGCAAUCGUCUCUGCUUCCGAUAUCUCUGCUGCUAUGGUUACCGAAGCUGAGAUGAAGGCAAAGUCACAACUACCACCAGAGAAUUUACCAAGAUUUGAGGUGAAUGAUUUGGAGAGCCUAAGUGGGAAGUACGAUACAGUUGUAUGCCUAGACGUGCUGAUACAUUACCCGCAGAACAAAGCUGACGGAAUGAUUGCACAUCUCGCUUCUUUAGCAGAGAAGAGAGUGAUUCUGAGUUUUGCUCCAAAGACUUUUUACUAUGAUAUCUUAAAGAGAAUUGGAGAGCUUUUCCCAGGGCCAUCAAAGGCUACACGGGCUUAUCUACACUCGGAGGCGGAUGUGGAAAGAGCAUUGCGUAAGGUCGGCUGGAAAAUCAGCAAGAGAGGACUCACUACCACACAGUUUUACUUCUCUAGGCUCAUUGAAGCUGUUCCAAUGUAGACCCAUUUUAAAACUAGAAUUCCAAUUUGAUAAUACAUGUGAGGAUGAUUAGCUUUCCUUUUGGGACUUUUGCAGUAGAUCUCUCUCUGUAUAGCAUAUUAAUUCGAAGUAGGAUUUUCGUUGAAGACAUGCAGAUUUCCUAAACUCGCCGGAUACACUGCUAGGUGGACGGUCUGUACAAACUUGCACUUCUGCAGACCCCAAUUGAUAAUUGACCAAAAUGUGUAAUGUAAUCAAUGUAAUAUAUAACGACAGCAUCUGGCGAUGAAAAAAUGUACGAUACAAUGUGAGGAUGGUUAGCUUUCCUUUUGGGACUUUUGCAGUAGAUCUCUCUCUGUAUAGCAUAUUAAUUCGAAGUAGGAUUUUCGUUGAAGACA